GUGGCGGCAUGUGCGUCACUUCCGGCGGACCCGGAAGCGCCUUGCUGGCCGGCGGUAGUUAGGAAAUAGUGAUGGGACUGAGUUCAGUUUAAGCGCUUGGCGAAUGUGGGCCGAGGGGGCCGGCCCGGUUGCUGUGGCCGGAGAGGGUGGAGCCGCUUCUGGACCAGUGCGGAGGAGUCUUGGCUCUGUAUAUUUCUCUCCGGCUAGUGUCGCUCCGCCUCCGGGGUAGGACUGGUUCGUCGUUCUGGGCCUGGCACCCUGCAGGAGAUUCGGCCAGGCUGUCACCUGCCCUGCAUCGGCUCUCUGACCGUUGGGAUCAGGAGUGUGUGUUCCGCGGCCGAUAGGUCUCCUCGCGUUGCUUCCAGAUCCUCGCCUCCGCACGCCUCUCCUGGGCUGCCAGAACUCUGACGUGGAGGAGCCCGCUUGGAUUCUCCAUGGAGAAGUUUGGGAUGAAUUUUGGCGGCGGCCCGAGCAAGAAAGACCUGCUGGAGACCAUAGAGACGCAGAAGAAGCAGCUUCUCCAGUACCAGGCUCGGCUCAAGGAUGUGGUCCGCGCCUACAAAAGUUUGCUUAAGGAGAAGGAGGCUCUGGAGGCCAGCAUCAAGGUGCUGUCGGUGUCCCACGAGGCGGAUGUGGGCCUCGCAGGUGUCCAGUCUUCAGGUCUCACCUUUUCUGACUCUGUGGAUGAUCGCUGCUCCACUUAUAGCGAGGAUAGCACCGGGACCGCCACUAGCUUGGAUACUGCAGCCAGUCUCACCAGCACCAAGGGUGAGCUUGGUGUAGAAGAUGACAGAGUGGCCCGUGGAGUACCACCUCCGAAGUCCGAAGAGGCUAGUGGGUCAGAGAGUGGCGUCAGCAGUAGCAGUGGUGAUGGAUCGUUUGUAGGUGGUGAGGUGGACAAAAGACUGCACCAGCUGAAGACCCAGUUGGCUACUUUGACAAGCUCUUUGGCAACCGUCACGCAGGAAAAGUCACGCAUGGAGGCUUCUUACCUGGCUGAUAAGAAGAAGAUGAAACAGGAUUUAGAGGAGGCCAAUAAAAAGGCAGAGGAAGAGAGGGGCCGCUUUGAGGGAGAAGUGAAGGGGCUGCAGGAGCAAAUAGCAGAAACCAAAGCCCGACUUAUCACACAACAGCAUGAUCGGGCCCAAGAGCAGAGUGACCAUGCCUUGAUGCUGCGUGAGCUGCAGAAGCUGCUGCAGGAGGAGAGGACCCAACGCCAGGACUUGGAGCUUAAGUUAGAAGAGACCCGAGAAGCCCUGGCAGGGCGGGCAUAUGCAGCUGAUCAGAUGGAAGGGUUUGAACUGCAGACCAAGCAGCUGACUCGUGAAGUAGAGGAGCUGAAAGGUGAGUUACAAGCCAUUCGAGAUGAGAAGAAUCAGCCAGAUCCUCGUUUGCAAGAGCUUCAAGAAGAGGCUGCCUGCCUUAAGAGUCAUUUCCAGGCUCAGUUGCAGCAGGAAAUAAGAAAGACAGCCCUUGCAGAGGAUCAGCUCCGCCAGCAAUCUCAGGUAGAAGAGCAGAGGGUUGCAGCCUUAGAAAAUCAAAUAUCUGAAGUGUCUGAACUGCUGGGCACCUAUGAGAAAGCCAAGCAGAAGGACCAGCUGACCAUCCAGAAACUAAAGGAGCGCAUUCUGCAGCUGGAUCUGGAGAACAAGACACUGGCUCUUGCAGCCUCCAGCCGAUCUUCUCUCGAAAGUCAUGGAGAUGAAUCCAGUCUGGAUGUCAAUGUCUUGAAGGAUAAGAUGGAAAAGCUGAAGAGGCUGCUGCAGGUCGCAGUCAGGAAAAGCCAGGUGACCCUGGAUGUGGAGAAGCUCUGUGAUUUGGAGAUAAUGGCCAGCUCAGAGGCUGCAGAUGGGGAAAAAGCUACUGCACUCUAUUACCAACAGGAGCUGAAACAGCUAAAGGAAGAGUUUGAGCGUUACAAGAUGAGGGCCCAGGUUGUGCUCAAGAACAAGAAUACCAAAGAUGGGAACCUGGCAAAGGAGCUGGAGGCAGCACAGGAGCAGCUUGCAGAGCUUAAGGAGAAGUACAUCUCUCUUCGGCUGUUCUGUGAGGAGCUUGAGCGUCAGCACCAGCAGGAGGCUGAGGACUGGAAGCAGGAGCUGGCCCAGCUGCAGCAGCUUCACCGGCAAGAGCUGGAGCGCAGCCAGCUAGACUUCAGAGACCGAACACUGAAACUGGAAGAGGAGCUGCACAAGCAGCGGGACCGAGCCCUGGCUGUGCUCACUGAGAAGGAUUUGGAGCUGGAGCAAUUGCGUUCCGUGGCCUUGUCCUCUGGGCUGUCUGGUCGCAGAAGCCCUGUGGGUAGUGGGGGUCCUAGGGAUCCGGCCGACACAUCUUCCCCAGAUAGCCUAACCCAAGCACUGCAGCUUGCUGUGGCCAAUGAGCCCACUUUUUUUUUGUAUGCUGAGCAGUUGGCUCGCAAGGAGGUGGAGAUCACAUCAUUGAGGAAGCAGAAACACAGGCUGGAGGUGGAGGUGCACCAGCUCCAGGACCGACUACUGGAGGAGAGGGAGCGGCAUCGUGAGGAAGUUGGGGCCCUGCAGAGCCACAUUGAAAAAAACAUCAGGGACCAGAGUAGAGAGGGCGCCAACCUGGAGUACCUUAAAAACAUCAUCUACCGUUUCCUGACCUUACCUGACAGCUUGGGGCGCCAGCAGACCCUCACAGCCAUCCUGACUAUUUUGCACUUUAGUCCAGAAGAGAAACAAGUGAUAAUGCGGCUCCCAAGCAGUGGUAGCUGGUGGCCCUCGGGCAAGAGAUGAUGAUACUGUUUUCAGUGACUCCAAAAAUCUCUGUGCCUCUGUUGUGUAGGAAAGGGCGGGCUCUGAUUUUUCCUGCCCUUUCUUUUACAUUAUCAUUUCUUCACUGUGUUGAAUGCAGAGGAGUCUUGUGGAAUGGGAUUUUCUGCCAAAUGCCCUUAAUGCUGCUUUAUCCUUGAGCCCUAGGAACACCACCAGUGUUGGGACAGCAUCUUUUGGUAGUGUGUACAUGAAGGGAAUUGGGGAAGGGGAUAGGAAUGAGGCACAAAAGUUGGGAAAGUGGUGAAAAUCUUUUACCACAAGAUUUAUUUUUAUUUUGAUUUAGCCUCCCAGUGUAGAGAUACGAGUACGUGUAACUCUAAAAGGAGUUACAUAUAUUUCCUCCAUCUCAUCCCAGUAUAAGUGUGGUCCAUUGCUGCCCCAAUUCUCUGGGGAUUUAUAAAGGCAGGCAGGAAAAUUUGAAAUAGUGACAAGUUUUGUACCUAUUCCUAGAGCUAAUGAAUGGUGAGUUCGUCCUGGAACUGGAAAGCUUGGUCUAGGUAGACCUAUGGUGAUUUAAGCAAUCUAGAUAACACAUUCCUUGUGACCAUUUUGGAGAGGACCCUGAGCACCAGUUUGAUUAUUGAGAUUUCCUGAAUAACCUGCUUUGCCUGGGCAGGGUUAAAGUAGAUCUCUAUCACUUCUUUUUGCCUUAAUUUAUCUAAGGUUGGCCUGAGAUUGUGAGAGAAUGACUUCACUAUCUUCUUAAUGUUGAACUUGUAUUAAAAGAGAAAAUCCUAGCUUCUUACAGAGCGGCAUUCUAAAGGUAAGCUCUGAUCCUGGUUGGGUAGAAGGAAUUCCCACUGAGAAAUUCUCUUAGCUAUUUUUGCUUUGUAAGAACAGGGAAGAAGAGAUUUGUUGCAGAAGAUUUCAAAAGAUUCCUAUGACCCUCGUAAGAAAGUGGAAGUUCAGAUGAAGCUGGGGUAGAGUAUCUUAUGCCUUGUGGGGUGGCUUUAUUCACAGAUGAGAAGGAGGGUCUCAGAAAACUUCAGUCCCAUUCUUUUAUUUCCUCAUCUGCUCUUGCUGGCCACAGAGAUCUUUCUGAAAGACCAAUGCUUGGCCGUAAUUGGGCUGUUGUAUGUACAUGUAUUUGCCUGUCACUUCAUUAUAAAGGUCUGCUUUGUGAGGGUUUGGGGUACAGCAGACUUUGAUUCACAAUGUUCUAAAUGGGAAGUUCGAUGACCUUGGUUCUUUUUAAACAGAAUUAACGUGUUCAGAUUAAAAUAAAGUACAGAAUUACUAAAACUGAGUGACUUGACCUGUGUGUUUCCUUAAUGGUAUCUAUAUAUCUGAAUAUAAAUAGAAUGUGAAUGGAAAUGAUGAAUAGAAAGACUGAAAAUAAUAUUUCAUUGUUAAU